AUGGCGCGCCGGGAAUCCGCCCUGUCCCGCGGAACCCAGCUCGGAGCCAGCCUCGACAGCCGGUCCCCCGGAUCGCCGUCGAACCGUCCGCCGGGCCCAUCGUCCGCCCGAUCCACGAUCCGAACGGCGCCCCGAAAGCGGCCCUCCGGAACCCCCGCCCGACCCAGGCGGCCGCGACCGCCUGCCGAUGACCCGAGCCUCCCACGCCCGGACCGUGCGCACGGGGACACGACGGUACGACCCCCCCCGCGAACCCGGCAUAGAAGCGGGCCCCACGAGGGGACUCGUAACGCACUCGACACCCCGCCGUCCGCUCCUCGGGCGGGCGCGGGCACGCCCCAACCGAACUCUGAGCAUGCGAGGACGCGGCCCCGCCGGCGGGCCCCCGCGUCCCGGUGUCCGCCGCCCGGACCGGGGACCCUCGCAGCGCCCGUCGUGCGACGACCGGAUGGGACCCGGGUAACCGCUGCCGACUCCCCCGAAUUCGCGCGCCUCCGCGCUCGCCCCCUCCUGCCCGGGCGCGGCCCCCGCCCCCCGGCGGCGAACGCCCACGACCCCCCGAAUGAGGCACGCCGCGCGCGGCCCCGGAGGCUCCCGAACACACUCCCCCGAGCGCCCGCGCGCGAUCGCCCCCCCGCUGCCGGCGGCCUCGGAUCCCCGCGCGCACCGGCUGACGGUGCUCGAUCACCCCUUACCCUCCGGAGAGGCCCCCGGGAUCCCGGACCGAGGGAACCGACAGAAGGGGCCGCGCGGCCCGCGACGGAGGAUGCGGUGCGGGACCCGGCGGGCCGCCCCCGGACGGCGCCCGGCCCGCGGCCGGCCUGCGCCCCGCGCCGACGCCGCGCCGCCGAGGCCGCCCGGUCGCCCGGUGUUGCGAGAGCCGAUCCACCCGGCCGACGGCCGCCCCGGGACGGGCGCCCGGCUGCCCCGCCAGUGCGGACCGCGCGCCCCCGACCGGCCUGCAGGGGGCACGCGUCACCUCGACGCGGGGAAAGGCGGGCAGCGCCCCGCCUAUACAGAAUCGCCGGUAGCCGAAGCCCCCACCGCGAACCCCCCCCACGCACCUGCGCCCCCCUAGCGCAACAGCACGCCCCGACCCCCCCCAAGGAAAAACCCCGCGCCGAAAACUUCGCGCGGCGCGUCCGGGACGGUAGCGUGCGAUCGCCCGUGUGCGCACGGCGCGUACGCGGGGAACUAGGACCUCCCGCCCGACCCCGCCGGGGCCGGACGCUGAAACCGCCCCCCCGCGCGGCGGCCACGGAACCACGCGGUCCCCCGGCCGGGAGCCGGCCCGCCCCGGCGGUACCGACGCGCGCCCCGCGCCGGCCCCCCCGAACCGCCCGCCGUACGCGUUACGAACGGUCGGACCGGGGACUCGCGCGGCCCCCCGGCAUCCGGGAACCGCGCCCCGCCCCGCCCCACCCCCGGCCCGGCGCGUGA